AGAGAGAGAGAGAGAGAGGGAGAGAGAGAGAGAGAGAGAGAGAGAGAGAGAGAGAGAGAGAGAGAGAGAGAGAGAGAGAGAGAGAGAAUUUAAAAAGGAAAAAAUAGGGGCCCUUAGUUUAAUUGAUGUGCCCUAGGUCACUGGGUCAGUAAAUAUAAGAGCAGGAUUGGAUCUCAGUUCCUCAUUUAGCCCUCAGCCCCUCACUCAAGGAAACAACCCUGUAGAGUAAGUAUCAUUACCCCCAUUUUGCAGAUGGAGAAGUUUAGACUCAGGGAGAAGACCCUGGCCCAGGGUCUUUCAGGUGGUAAUGUGUGACUCCGCUUCCCUCCCAGGCCUUUCCUCUGAUCUCUGCCUCCAGGUGGCUUCGGAAGAGAGGGGAGCUCUCCUUGGUGGAAGAACACAGCCUCUUCCGGAAAAUCUCCAGCCGGCCAACUUGCUAUCUCUUCCUGUUUAAUGAUGCCCUGAUAGUCACCAAGAAGAAGAGUGAGGAAAACUACAUGGUGAUGGAUUACGCCACGAUGGACCAGAUCCAGGUCAAGAAGGUGGAGCCAGAUGAAAUCUCAUUGCCAGGAGGGAUUAAUCGCAGCUCGUCCAUCCCUUACCCCUUCCAGGUGACCAUGCUAAGGAACAGCGAGGGGAAGCAAGAGCAGAUCCUGCUGUCUUCAGACUCUUCGAGUGACCGGGCCCGGUGGAUCACGGCCCUGGAGCAUAAGGAGAACCAGGGACAAGGCUUAGCCAGUAAAGGAGACCUGCACCAGGUGGAGAUCACCAAGGCCUACUUUGCCAAACAGGCUGAUGAGAUCACCCUCCAGCAAGCAGAUGUGGUCCUGAUCCAGAAGCAAGAAGAUGGCUGGUUGUAUGGAGAGCGGCUUCGCGACGGGGAGAUUGGCUGGUUCCCCGAGGACAAUGCCCAACGCAUCACCAGCCGGGUGGCCGUGGAGGGCAACGUGCGCAGGCUGGAACGGCUUAGGGUGGAGACCGACGUGUAGGCGACUUGUCAGAGCCUUCUCUGGCCUUGCAGGCUUCUUGUUCUGGGUGCGAGGCUUCCAACAGACCACGGUUUUCCCGUCUUAGCUCUCUUCUCCAGGAUUUGCAGAUGGUACCCGGGAAACUGAAAAGCCUUCCCGGGGCAUCCUUGGGAAGGACUCUGGGCAGGGGACCUCCCCCUCCCAUCACCCUUUCCCUGGGCAGUUCUUCGUUCCAGUUUUGGGAAGCCUGGAUGCAUUUGUGCCCCCUUCUGUUGAUUUCCCCCUCUCUGAACCCCAGGCUGCCCCUCGCUAACUUGAAGAGGACCAAAAGGUGCCCCCCUCCAGGGACAUCCCCUAGCAAGGCACCCAGGACUACCCAUUGCCCAUCCCAACCAUGGCAUUACCAUCCGAGUCCUCAGGCCCUUCCAGGGUCUUUGCCUUUGGGAAGGAGACAGCAGGGAGUGAACAGUGCUUCCUAGAGGGAGGAUGGCAGGAGGAGGAAGCUCGAGGUCUGCCCUGCCUCUCCUCUUGGCUCUCACCUGCACUCCCAUUCUCACUGCCCCAGGGAUCAUCUGCCUUUGUCCCUUCUCCCUUCGUCCUCUGAGUCCUGCCAAUGGAGCGUGAGGGCUCAGGAGGCCUUGGAACAGUCCCCAGCACCGGCUCUGAGGCCCAGGGACGCGGGCAUGGGCACUGGACUGUAUAUUGUUGUAUAGUGUGGAUUUUUGAGAAAUGUAAACACCAUUAAAAUUAUUUCAUUACAA